UCUCCAAAAAAAAAAAAAAAGCCCAUUGUGAAUAGUAACUCCCUAUUCAAAUUGAAUUUCCAUAUGCUGGGUUCCACUUUCAGUUAAAGUGUGUGAGUGUGAGGGAUGUAUUUCAAUAACCAACAAGAGUACUUGAAGAUUCCUACAUGUGUGUCAGGUUUAUAAUGGAAAUGCCAAUACUCUUAUAAUGCUUUUUAAACAAAAUACCAAGCCCCUGCUCCAGCCACGGGCAUUGGCUGACUGCCUCCAGCUGUGUGAGGCCCUGGGCGGGGCCCUGGGCGUCUGUGAGCGCGAUGGAGUGCCCUGGCGGGACGGCCGUCUGCUCUGCAUGGCUUGUCGCAUCCUCAUGACACCAAUGUGAAGCAGUUGGUGGUCCCAUUGCACAGAUGUGGAAAUAAAGGCUCCAGUUCAUGUACAGCAAUGAAUAAUCCAGAAAAUGCUCAAUACCAUAAAGCCCACAUUCUAAUGAGGAGAUGAACCAUAAGUCAGUAAAUGAGUAAGCCCACACUGGGCUGGGCGGGGGAUUGUGAUGUAAUUCCCAACCCUGGUCCCCAUGAUAAAGGAAUCUUAGGGACAUGGUCCCUGCCCUUGGGGAAUGGCAUUGUGUCCCAUAGUGGGGACCACUGGGCAGCAUGGGGCAGUGUGAAAUGGUGUGGGCCACUGACAGGGGAAGUACAGGUCAUCAUGUGCUGGGAAACUUGGGAAAGGCUGGAAAUAGGAAGUGGAGUUUCAGCUACACCUUAAAUUGCCAUAGGUCCUUGCCCAUCUCUUUUUGGAAAUGCUGAGAAAUGGAAUUUUCUUGUCCCACUGCCCAGUUCUUUGGGCAGAUUUUUUUUUAAAUUUUCUUUUCCUCCUUCCUCUCUUCCCCUCUUCUCUUCUCCUUUCCGUCCUUCCUCACCUUCUUACCUCCUUCCUCACCUUCUUACCUCCUUCCUCCCCCUCCCUUCCGCCUUUUCAUCCUGAAAUUGAAGCAUCAGCAGGAACCAUAACUAUGUGCGAAGAGCCAUGUGCACAUGAGUGUUAGGGCCACUGUCCCCCCAAAGCCCACAUGGAACUUUCUCCAGGUGCUUGUGUGGUCUGAGCAUCAGCCGUGGUGGCUAGAACAAAGAUGGGGGGAGGGUUGUUCUGUUGGUCUUCCUGGGGACACCUUGACUCCAUCAGACCCACAGUCAGCAAUAAUCCAAUGGCACCUAAUCCUUCCAGUCCCACCCAGACCAAGGAUCAUUAUACCCACUCCAAGGAUUAGGAAAUGGGCUUGGAUUAAAUGAUACGUGCAUUGUCUGUGGUUAGUGAGUGGCUGGACAGGGGCUGGACUUUGGACCCUGAGUUUUUAGUGAUGACUCCAGGCUGCCAGCCAGUGGCUCACAAGGCUGGCAAGUGUGUGUAAUCACCCCUGUCCCAGAGGAAAAUGAAAACCACUGGAAAUCUGGCAUCUGCAUAGAAAGUGGACAUGCAUGCAGGUCCAUGUGCACACAUCGUCAGUCGGGUCCCAGGACCAGCAGCGGUUGCAUCACUAGGAUCUUGUUAGAAAUGCAGAUGCCCAGAGCGGGGGCGGGGCACACCAGCUCCAGCUAACACACCCUCUGGGGAUUUCUGAUGCCACUCAAGGUUGAGAAGCGCUGAUUUGGGCCAAAAAAGAGAGCGUCUUCUACUUGAGGGAUGAAGCCACAAAGACAAGAAGAGGUCUGCUCCCUCCCUUGGGUGUGAGGGGACCACCUGUCGCCAGUUACACCCCAAUAGGACCCUUUGGCUCGAGGACGCAAGUGGUCUGUUUCUCGGCUCUGUGCUCUGGACUAGGCUACCUGAACCCAGACCCCAGCAGGACACUCGGCCGGUGCCCUCGGGAGCGCAGCAGGCAGCGAGCAUCUGGAAGAGUUGGGGAUGCACAGGGUCCGGGACAGUGAGGUGCUUGGGAGAGUGAGCACGUCAGGCUGAGACCUGCAGUGUGGGUGUGAGGAGGGCACAGCGCCCCAGGCAGGGAGAAGUCACAGCAAAGGCCCCAGGGCAGGGGAGCUCACCAGACGUGGCCUGGCCAGCAGGGAGAGGCAGGUCACUGGGACUUUGGUGGCCACUUUUUGAGCACCUUCUGCAUGUGGUGGGGCACCUGGGGGACACUGUGUUUGGGGCUCCGUUCUGAUCUGCUGGACUCAGGCCACCUGUCAGUCCUGGAAAGAUAGGGACACGUGGCUUAUCUCACGGGCCACCCAGGGGCACCUGGGUGCUGUCCAUCCUGGGGCUGGCCUGCCCCUCUCCACCUUCCUCAGCUCUGCCUUCCUGCUUGGUAUAAAAUGGUGCAGGAUGUCAUGCUGGGCUGGGAGGUUGUGAGGGCCUGUUUGAAGUCGGGCAGUCACUCUCUCUGAAAGAAGUGUCCUGGUGCCCUGGCUGCUGUGGGAGCAGGUGAAGCAAUGAGAUGAAUGCCAAGGCGAAGUGUCCAGCGUGGUUCCAGCCCUUCCUGCUUCGUCCUGGCUGGGGCCUUGGUCAACUGCUUGGACCAGCAUGUUCGGAAGUCCCCCGAGAGCGUUGCGUUGAUCUGGGAGCGCGAUGAGCCUGGAACGGAAGUGAGGAUCACCUACAGGGAACUGCUGGAGACCACGUGCCGCCUGGCCAACACGCUGAAGAGGCAUGGAGUCUGCCGUGGGGACUGUGUUGCCAUCUACAUGCCCGUGUCCCCACUGGCUGUGGCAGCAAUGCUGGCCUGUGCCAGGAUCGGAGCUGUCCACACAGUCAUCUUUGCUGGCUUCAGUGCGGCGUCCUUGGCUGGGAGGAUCAAUGAUGCCAAGUGCAAGGUGGUUAUCACCUUCAACCAAGGACUCCGGGGUGGGCGCGUGAUGGAGCUGAAGAAAAUAGUGGAUGAGGCUGUGAAGCACUGCCCCACCGUGCAGCGUGUCCUGGUGGCUCACAGGACAGACAACAAGGUCCACAUGGGGGAUCUGGACGUCCCGCUGGAGCAGGAAAUGGCCAAGGAGGACCCUGUAUGCGCCCCAGAGAGCAUGGGCAGCGAGGACGUGCUCUUCAUGCUGUACACCUCAGGGAGCACUGGAAUGCCCAAGGGCAUCGUCCAUACCCAGGCAGGCUACCUGCUCUAUGCCGCCCUGACCCACAAGCUUGUGUUCGACCACCGGCCAGGUGACAUCUUCGGCUGUGUGGCUGACAUUGGCUGGAUUACAGGACACAGCUACGUGGUGUAUGGGCCUCUCUGCAAUGGAGCCACCAGUGUCCUUUUUGAGAGCACCCCAGUUUACCCCAAUGCUGGUCGGUACUGGGAGACAGUAGAGAGGUUGAAGAUCAAUCAGUUCUAUGGCGCUCCAACGGCUGUCCGGCUGUUGCUGAAAUACGGUGAUGCUUGGGUGAAGAAGUACGAUCGCUCCUCCCUGCGGACCCUGGGGUCAGUGGGAGAGCCCAUCAACUGUGAGGCCUGGGAGUGGCUUCACAGGGUGGUGGGGGACAGCAGGUGCACGCUGGUGGACACCUGGUGGCAGACAGAAACGGGUGGCAUCUGCAUCGCACCACGGCCCUCGGAAGAAGGGGCGGAAAUCCUCCCUGGCAUGGCGAUGAGGCCCUUCUUUGGCAUCGUCCCCGUCCUCAUGGAUGAGAAGGGCAGCGUCGUGGAGGGCAGCAACGUCUCCGGGGCCCUGUGCAUCUCUCAGGCCUGGCCGGGCAUGGCCAGGACCAUCUAUGGCGACCACCAGCGAUUUGUGGACGCCUACUUCAAGGCCUACCCAGGCUAUUACUUCACUGGAGACGGGGCUCACCGAACUGAGGGCGGCUAUUACCAGAUCACAGGGCGGAUGGAUGAUGUCAUCAACAUCAGUGGCCACCGGCUGGGGACCGCAGAGAUUGAGGACGCCAUCGCCGACCACCCUGCAGUGCCGGAAAGUGCUGUCAUUGGCUACCCCCACGACAUCAAAGGAGAAGCUGCCUUUGCCUUCAUUGUGGUGAAAGAUAGUGCAGGUGACUCAGAUGUGGUGGUGCAGGAGCUUAAGUCCAUGGUGGCCACCAAGAUUGCCAAAUAUGCUGUGCCUGAUGAGAUCCUGGUGGUGAAACGUCUUCCAAAAACCAGGUCUGGGAAGGUCAUGCGGCGGCUCCUGAGGAAGAUCAUCACUAGUGAGGCCCAGGAGCUGGGGGACACUACCACCCUGGAGGACCCCAGCAUCAUCACAGAGAUCCUGAGUGCCUACCAGAAGUGCAAGGACAAGCAGGCUGCCGCUAAGUGAGCUGGCGCUUUGAGGGGCUCUUAGGAAGGGCGGGCACCCAGGCCCUGCCUUGUCCUUCCCAGAGGGUACCCCUGAGGUUGGCAUCUUCUUAAGUCCCAGAAGCAGCCCCCACCCCACACAUGACCCACACCGCCCUCACGUGAAGCUGGGCUGAGAGCCCUUUCUCCCAUCCAUUGGAGGUCCCAGGAGUAUCACCCGUGGAGAGGCUAUGCAACAUGCUAGGGUUGGCUCUGUCAUCCUGAGUUUGGUCUCCUGGAAUGAAAAGGCAUUGCCAUCUCCAUUUCUUUGCCCUCUUGAGCCAGCACAGGAAGGUGAGGCCCUGGGAUAGUGCGCCUGCUCAGAUAACACAGAGCUAGUUAGCUAGUAGCAACCAUGUUUUCUCCAGAUGUGUCUAGAUACAAAGGGCAGAAAUCGUAUUUUUAUACUUUUGUAUUGUGGAAGAACAGCAUACAACACUCACAUGUAGUGUGUGGAUUUACUUGAACAUGUUCUUUUUAACAUAUAGUUAUGAAAAUCUCCUUUUUUGCCUCUACUGGUGGGAAACAUGAGGAUCAGAGGCCACAUUUUUAAUUAUUGUUAGUGUAUUUGGAAGUCUGAAUUGGAGAUGUUUGUACCUCUGUCUAAACAGCUCCCUUGAGAACUUCCAAGCCUCCAGCAUCCUUUCCUGGUGACUGUUUCUCCUGUGCUUGGUUGUGUAUAGCGGAGCUAACUCCUAAGUGAUGGGGUGAAUGUGGCCACCUUAGUUCUGAAGCUGCUCCAAUCAUGUUCUGUUUCUUCAAGCUGUGAUCCAGAAAGAUUUUUGUGCCCCCAGAUGCCUCUUGAUAGGAGAGGCAACACUCUCCAAAUAGGUGGGCUCUUCAGGGAAGCUAUUAGAAACUCAGGUGACUUGUUAGAGCACUAACUUGGUCAGAGCCAAGUCCUGGUAAACGCUGCCUGACUUUCGCUCUGUGGUUGGGGCGGUGAGAACCACUGAGGUCCACUGAUGAGACUUGGAGAUCUGAAUCCGGUCUCUCUCUGUUUUAAUGUGACUUAGGUGCUGUCAACAUUAGCAAGAUAAUGGAAAUCAUGCCACCAGUGGGUGCUUACCUCCCAGCUAGGCACACAGGAGCUGGUGGUUGGCAGGGGAAGGAGGCCCAGUGAGCCGGGUCCCUUAGGUCAGGGAGAGUGUAUCCUCUUUGCCGCACAGUCUACCCCUGAGGGCCUUGUGGCAGUGCCGGUGUUGGGGGGGUGUCUGGGCUACUGAGUACCCACUCGGCCAUGGCGGUGCUGGCCUCUUGGGUGAGUGAGCCUGUGAUGCCCAGGAGGUGGUGUUGGCUGCAGCGCACACAAAUACUGAGUGGUGCUCUUUUGUUACAGACUUAGCAACAAAGGUCUGUGCCCUGGGCAUGGGGGGCUGUAGUGUAGCUAUGGCUGUGCAUUUGUGAAAUGGCUUAGCUUUCCAUGUUGCUGAGAGGAAUCUGGACAUGGUCCCGGGCAUCUGAAUGAUCUGUAGGGGAGGGAGUUCAAAUAAAGCUUUAUUUUGUUCAUUUU